CUAAACCAAAAGAAAGAACCCACCUUUUCCAAUUCUAAGACCUCCCCCUGUUUCCGUCUUCAUUCCCCCCUCCAAUUUCUCUGUUUGGAUCCCUCUAUCCCUUUCACAAGAUGUCUGAAUUUUCUUUGGAAUCAACAACUCCUACCAAGAAGAAGCAGAUUGGGUUUUCCAGUCUUCUCCUCUCUGACUUUAUGCUCUUCUUUUCCCUCAUUCUUUCUCAUCCCCUGUAUUUCUCUUACUUCAUUUUCUUCUCCCCGUACCUCUUCAGGGUACUCUCUUUUCUCUCCCCUUUGUUUAUCACCACUUCUCUCUUGCUUCUUGCUCUUUUCACCCUUCUUGUCAAUGAUGGGUCUCCCCUGGAAUUGUCAGAGUCCAAGGUCAGUUUCUUACUUGCUACAUACCAAACAGUUGUUGAAAGGUUUAGGUCUAAGGUAGAUGACGAAGGUGAUGACUUUCAUUGCUUCGAGGCACUUGAAGCGUAUAAGAUUGUGUUUGAGGCUUCUGAUCUUGAAAUUGGGGAAAAACCUUACGAAGUUUUGGAGAUGGAGUCGAAAGAAAGUUGUUUACAGUCCAGUGGGGCUUCUUCUGAAAAGGGUUUAGGAAAUUUGGGUGAGAUUAAGUAUCUGGAAUCAGCUGAGGUGAUUGUGGGAGUAAAGUGCUUGGAAGAAUUCUUGCAUGAAAAGGAGGUGUUUGAAAAUUUGCCACGGACAAAGGAAGAAAAAGAAGUCAAAACACCAAUGGGCAGAGAGUCCGAGAAAGGUGAGGAACAAAAAGGAGAAUCCGUUACCAGGGAAUCCAAAGUGUUGGAGAAUAACACUAGUGAAGCUAAAACAGGAAUUGACAAUGCUGCACAUCAUGCUUCAAAAGUAAUGGGGAAUUCUUCUUGGAGAGACAGAGAUAGUUUUGGCAGUACUGAUAGUGAUGGAUUCGGGACAAAUCUUGGGAGUUUCGGGUCGAUGAGGAGAGAAAAAGAGUGGAAAAGAACACUGGCGUGCAAGCUUUUUGAGGAGAGACACAAUGCGGAUGUUGGAGGAGAAGGGAUGGAUUUGCUUUGGGAGACAUAUGAGACAGAUUCGAAUAAGGUGCAGCUGAAGAGCAGCUCAAGAAAGGGAAAGAAAGGCAGCCGCAAGGAGUAUGUUGAUGAAGAUGAAGAUGGUGAAGAAGAAUCAGAUGGGCAAUUCUGUUGUUUGCAGGCUUUAAAGUUCUCAGCCGGAAAGAUGAAUUUGGGAAUGAGAACACCUAAUCUAGUGAAGAUCUCCAAGGCCAUCAAAGGGAUCGGAUGGUUGCACCAUGUUAGCAACAGGCAUGGCAAGAAAUGGUACCGUUGAAAUUAUCUUUGAACUUUUAUUUAUUUAUGUUCUAUAAGCACACAGCUGAUAUAUGUAUUUUGUCUGAGGAUCACAAGUAAAUAUGUUUUUGAUUA